AUGGUCCCAUACCCACUUGGCUCAAGUCCACUUACAAAUAUAGUUCCACUUGUAGUUCCAAAAAUAGUUCCAUUUGUAGUUCCAAAUAUAGUUCAACUUGUAGUUCCAAAUAUAGUUCUGCCUGUAGUUCCAAAAAUAGUUCCAAUUGUAGUUUCAAUUACGGUUCUGCCUAUAGUUCCAAACAUAGUUCCACCUGUAGUUCAAAAUACAGUUCUGCCUGUAGUUCCAAAUAGUUCUGUCUGUAGUUCCACUUGUGUUUCAAAAAUAGUUCAACUUGCAGUUUCAAUUAUAAUUCUACCUGUAGUUUCCAAAUGUAGUUCACUUGCAGUUCCAAAUAUAGUUCCACCUGUAGUUUUAAAUAUAGUUCUACCUGUAGUUUCAAAUAUAGUUCUACAUGUAAUUCCAAAUAUAGUUCCACUUGCAGUUUCCAAUAUAGUUCAACUUGUAGUUACAAAUAUAGUUCCACUUGCAGUUCCAAACAUAGUUCCACCUGCAGUUCCAAAUAUAGUUCCACCUGUAGUUCCAAAUAUAGUUCUGCCUGUAGUUCCAAAUAUAGUUCCACUUGCAGUUCCAAAUAUAGUUCUGUCUGUAGUUCCAAAUAUAGUUCCACCUGUAGUUCCAAACAUAGUUCCACCUGCUGUUCCAAAUAUAGUUCUGCUUGUAGUUCCAAAUAUAGUUCCACCUGUAGUUCCAAAUAUAGUUCCACCUGUAGUUCCAAACAUAGUUCUACCUGUAGUUCCAAACAGUUCCACCUUUAGUUCCAAAUACAGUUGCAGCCCUCAGGCAAAUCCCAAAGCAAAAUGGGGCGUUCCAUUUCAGCACCAACGACCACUACAAUUAUGUCCUACGAUCGAUGCGAAUUAUCUCCAGCUCUAUACCCCAGCAACCAGCUACGAGAGAUAG